CAUUCUGACAACGAGUCGGAAAAUGAUGAUAAUGACGAGGACGAGGAAGACGAAGAAGACGACGAGGAAGACGAUGAAGAGGAGGAAGACGAAGAUGAAGAUGAAAGUCAUGAAACCGAAGUUCUCAAAUCAGACUAUGAACAACUGGCUGCACAUGAAGAACGGAAGCACAAAAAUGCUGCUACUAUCGUGAAUGGUGCCGAACCCCGGGAUGAUUUUGCUGAGCGAUCUAAACCUAAGGCAAGUGAUUCAACAGAAACCCGCAGUAGUGUUUCCGAUAAACCAUCCACACCAAUACCCGGGAACGGUUUCGAAAUGAAGCCUUCUCUUCUAGCUGGAAUCAGCUUGUCAACCAGUAAACAGGUGAACUCCUCUAUGGAUCAGCUCCUAGGAGCAUCUACCACUGAUAGUAUUUCUCCAGCGAAUGAUCCAGUGUCCGCAGAAAUCAUUGCGAAACCCAAAAAGAAAACGGUAACAUUUCACAGUACCCUAGAAACCAGUGAUGAAAAUAUGGUUAAAAAAGUUUACAAUCCAGCUAUCGUUCCUUUGAUUCCAAUAAUCAAGAAAGAAUGUUUGGCUCGUCCAAUCCGACUGAAGAAGAGUUUCAACCGCAAGAUGAAGAAACGUCUCCAGCGACUAGCGAUGCAGGCUGCGGCUGCAUCUUCCAAGGCAGAGUGUAUAGUGAGACCUUCUCGAUUGACCGAGAUUGUUCUCAAAUCCAGCAAACUGGAUGAUGUUACAUCUUCUUCGGCAGGCCAUUCCCAGUCCAGUUUCACCCCUAGCAUAAGUGAUGCAAACAACGAUGAUCCCGCAGGAUCGGGAUCAUCUAGGACUAGUGGAAGCGAUUGUUUAGAGGCUCGGAAUCUAGAAAGUGGUGGUACACAGUUUGGCGAUAAGAGGUUUAUCCUCCCUAAGCGAAGUGCUCAUUCUAGUCGUGUGAUUAAACCCAAUAAGAGGUUUUUGGAUGAAUUCGAGCUGGAGAUCAAGAAGAAAAAUAAGGCACAAGCUGCCGCUGCAGCAGCUGCCGCCUCUGAGGAAGACCCUGAGUGCUCUGGUGUAGACAAUAUCGCUGGCGAUAAGAACAACUUUUUUCGUGAAAAGUCCGACAAAAUCCAUCAAAAUGAAGAUGAUAAGUGCACAGAUGAUGGAAUCCUUGAAAAGGUUGUGGAAAAUCGUAAAAAGCGCGAUAAAAUCAAGAAGGAUUCUGAUGAUGCUUGCAGAAGGACCAUGCAACCAGAUUCUAAAGGAAUUCCAGAACCGGCUGAUAAUGAGCGUCCAAGGCCUCCAAGUAGCGUCAGUAACCCUUUCGCGAAAAAUAAUCUCAUCGAGACCGGUAUCUCUACUGGACAACUUAUGAAACCAUCAGCACUGUCCGGUAACACACCUAGUCUAUCCACAACCAGCUCCUUAACAUCCAAUUUGGCAUCUACUGUAUCGAUCUUUGGUAAAAGUAUUCUACGUCAGCCGCGGUUGCAAUUUACAACCUCACUAUUAAACUCGAAUCCGUUGGCUGUAGCUAAUGGCAACGCUGCUAAAAUUGGCCCCGCAAAUGCUAAAUCAGAAAGCUUAUCGUCUAUUUCUACGCCGGCAGCGCCAACACCAUCGCCGUCGACUGGUCAAGAUGGACCGUUUUCGCUGCACUUGAAUACAAAAAUCAAAGUUGAUUCAUCCAACAUAUUUUCCAGUACACUUUCAACAGCGUUGUCAUCUACAGUCACAACACCGAGCUGUAACAUAUGCGGAAUAGCGUCUAAUACGAAAUAUUAUCCACAACCGGCUAAAAAGUUCGGAGUCAGCUGUUGUGAUAUAUGCCGCAAAUUCAUUUCAAAAAUGGUUAAAAAGCUAGCCGGCUCAGGAAGUCCAAAUGGCAACAUCACUUUGAAAUGUAAAAAUGAUGGUCAGUGCUCUAUUGUUUCUCCCACAAUAGGCCGAACGGAACACAUGAAAACCAGGCAUAUUUUCAAGGAACGUUGCCAUGCGUGUUGGUUGAAGAAAUGUUUGUCCGGAUUCCUUUUACCACCCGUACUUAAACUGAGGCUUCUUCAAACAUUGCCACAUAGUCUAAGACAAAUGGAACCUUUGAAUUCCAAUUCUAAUGAGCCAUCGAAUAGAAAGGAAACUGUGGAGAGCAUUUUCACGAAUCCUUUGGCUAACAAUUCCCGAAUUAUGUGGAAAUCAAUGGAAAAAUCGGAAUUUUCCAAAACCAGUCCGUUUCAUACGCUUUCGAAUCCUCUCGUGCAGAACAAUACAACAUUCGGUAGCGUGCCACCCAUAAAGCUCAACAUACCUGACAAACCACCUUUACUAGCGCCGAGCACUUUAUCUAGUCCAAAGGAAAGGAAAAGUAUAGUUUCAGUUACAACCGAAGAAUCGAUGGAAGCAAAAUCCUCGUCUGAAAAAAUCGAUAAUACAGGAGAGCCAUCACACAAAUCGAUGCGAUCUAAAGUCAAACCUGACACUGUCGAAGUUCCACAACCUAUUGCUUCAAUUCCAACAACAGCUGUUCCGAAUGUUGCAGAGACUUCAACAGCCCAACCUCCUAUUGUAGAUUCAAUGCCUAAUGUUGAACCCUCAACAACGAUGUCCAAUGAAAAGCGACAACGAAUCGAUCUUAAGGGACCACGCGUGAAGCAUGUUUGUCGUAGUGCUUCCAUCGUACUAGGGCAACCUAUGGCUACAUUCCCCGAAGACGGUGCUGCAACUAUAGAUCAUAUGGAAACACCUCCCAGCGAUAGCACUUCGGACGUAGUAGUUGAUAUGUCGGUUGCGCUUGCUCGUGUUCCCACAGUCACAGCACAACCGGGCGAAGAACACUCGUGUUUGGAUUGCAACGAGGCUAACAAUUUUGCGCUGUCACCGCCCGCAACUCCUGCUGACAUGGACACCAGUGGAUCGACAGAAAAGGAUUUGGUUAUCGAUGAGGAUCAACUUCUUCCAGAUUCCGCGCCGUCGAGCCCUACGAAGGAACUUCAGGAUAUGAAACCCGAACCAAUACAACAACCAAUUAUCAAGGUGGAAAUUGAGGUCAAAGAAAAAGACACAGCCAAAAAGAUUGAAGAAGCCGAACGACCUGCAACACGAAAAGCUACAUCUUCGAUACGGCCUCAAGUGGUCAAGCAAAAUAUGAGUGCCAUAACUAAAAGUUUUAAUACAAACGUUCGAACAUCUGCCCAAUCAAUAGCACCAGAAGUCCCCAGUGUUCCACUGAUUUCCAUAGACUUUUGGGAAAACUAUGAUCCGGCAGAAGUCAGUAGAACUGGAUUUGGACUCAUUCUUUCGGAAGAAAUCUCCUUGAAAGCAUUGUGUUUUCUUUGCGGCAGUUCUGGGCUUGAUGAGAUGCUGUAUUGUGUGUGUUGCUGUGAACCUUACCAUCAGUACUGUGUAAAAGACGAAUACAAUAUUCGACACAUUUCCCUCGAUGAAACAAACAUGAGUUUACUUGAGUUAACGACAACGACAAAUUUCGGCAAUAGCUCUCCCCAGCAGCAAGCUCUGAACAAAUUCAACUGGAUGUGUCCUCGUUGCACGGUAUGUUACACCUGUAAUAUGGCCACUGGUAGUAAAGUCAAAUGCCAAAAAUGCAACAAAAAUUAUCAUACAACCUGUCUGGGAACCAGCAAACGAUUACUUGGUGCUGAUCGGCCACUUAUUUGUGCCGCCUGCCUCAAGUGCAAAAGCUGUUCCACUACUAACGUUACAAAGUUCAUCGGAAAUCUACCCAUGUGCACGCCGUGCUUCCGGCUCCGCCAAAAAGGAAAUUUCUGUCCACUAUGUCAAAGAUGUUACGAAGAUAACGAUUUUGAUUUGAAAAUGAUGGAAUGUGGUGAUUGUCAGCGAUGGGUGCAUGCCAAAUGUGAAGGAUUGACAGACGAACAAUACAACAUGCUAUCGGCGCUACCGGAGAAUAUAGAAUUUAUUUGUAAAAAAUGUGGCAAAAAUAACGAUACGGCCAACGUUUGGAGAGAUGCUGUUGCUGCUGAAUUCAAAGCAGGACUACUAAGCGUUGUAAAAUCACUCAGUAAAAGCCGUCAAGCAUGUGCUCUGUUGAAGUUAAGUCCCCGCAAGAAAACGAGCAAUUGCUCUUGCUCAAUCAGCUCUGGAAAAAGUAUCACAUUCUUUGGAUUCACUGGGUCCAAAGAAGAAUCCGUGCCGAAGAAACCAAAAUUAGAAGAUGAGUCGAUCUAUGAUUUCAACAGCGAGAAUAGUAGCAGUAGUUCAAGUUUUCCACCUACCACAAAAUGUUACUGCUCUCUUAGGCCUGUGAAAUCUUCGGAAAUUAGUUUGGUAGACAUCAAGCACAAAAUCAAUGGAAAUGAAUAUUACUCACUACAAGAUUUCAAUUACGAUAUGAACAAUUUAAUCAGUUCGAUAGCUUCUGAUGAUCUUUCGACAGCUUACAAAGAAUUUCUGAGUGAAACAUUCCCAUGGUUCCAAAACGAAACCAAAGCUUGCACUGACGCGCUUGAAGAAGCUAUGUGUGGUGAAGAAAUGGGUGAAUACACCCAUUCAACGGCUAUCGAAUUGGAAACAGAUCAAAAAGUUCCCAGCAUUGACAUUCCACUGGAUGACAUCGAGGACUACUUUUACGAAGCACCAGAGUUGAAAGAUGUGCGAUCUUGUAUGUUCUGUAGAGCUCAAGGCGAAGGACUUCCGUUGCACGAGUCUAGAUUAUUGUACUGUGGUCAAAAUAAUUGGGCACACACAAACUGCGCACUUUGGUCUGCAGAAGUGUUUGAGGAAAUUGAUGGAUCGCUGCAAAACGUUCAUUCAGCCGCUUCCCGGGGACGUCUGAUCAAGUGCUGUCACUGUGGGUUGAAAGGUGCUACAGUAGGCUGCAACGUGAAAAACUGUGGAGAACACUAUCAUUUCCCAUGUGCCCGGCAGCUCGGUUGCAUUUUCAUGCAAGAUAAGACGGUGUAUUGUACGCAACAUGCUAGUGAUGCUAGCAAGAAAAAAUGUCAGGUGGAGAAAAGUUUUGAGAUCAAUAGGUCAGUUUACGUUGAGCUGGAUCGGCGAAAAAAGAAGUUCGUUGAACCGGGAAAAGUGCAAUUUAUGAUUGGUUCUCUUAUUGUCAAAAAGCUGGGCCACAUCGUUCCUAUGUUCAGUGAUCAUCAAGAUGUCAUAAUUCCUACAGAUUUCGAAUGUACACGUUUGUAUUGGAGCUCCAAAGAACCAUGGAAAAUUGUAGAGUAUAGAAUAAAAACAACAAUUCAAAACAACAAUUUCUGCAACGGUACAGAUUUUGGCAGAAACUUUACAGUCGAUCAUUCACUGAACAGUAAUUUAGUUCAGUGGGGUCUAACUCAGAUUUCAAAAUGGCAUAGUAGUAUAAACAGUGAUGAACAAGAUAUGGAAACUUCAUAUCCAACUGUAUUAUUGGGAGGAAAUAUUCAGAAGGAUAAACAAAUGCGUCAAAUAUUGGAGGGUACCGGUGACGAUACCAACGAUGAAGAACCACAGAACAAUAACGAUUUGCUUCCACAGGAAAUCAAAGAUGCAAUUUUCGAAGAUAUUCCUCACGACAUCUUGGACGGUAUCAGCAUGCUAGAUAUCCUUCCGAAAUUGAUGACUUAUGACGAUUUGAUCGCUAUGGAUUUGAAAAAUGAGAACAAUUUCAAUGCAGAAAUCCUUAAAGAAGUCGGCUCAGGAAGCAGUAGUAGCAAUAGUAGUAACUCAACUAAUGGUUCCAAAGACGACGACAUGGAAGUUGAUGAAGAUGACAUCAACGAUGCGAUCAUGAAAUGCUCAAGCGGCGAUUUCAGCAACGAUGGCUGGAUGAAAAGUAUUUCUGCACCGGGUAUCGAAGAUGCUCUUCUGAGUGCAAUUAAGCAACCAUCCACAAGCAGAGAGUUAAAGCGCAGUAAAUCUGACCUACUUUCAAGAGCCGUUGCGGGUGGACGUGUUGCGAAUCAACGAUCUAGCAGCUUCUCUUGGAGCUCAAAAAUCGAAUCAACCGCAGCUGUCGUGGCAAAGAGGAGAAAAAUUAGUAAACUUGCUGAUGUGUUGUCUCUAGGUCGUCUGAAGGAUGAAUCUACCGUUCAUGGUUUGGAACGUCGGAAAUCUCUUCCAAAUGAAGAAUUUUCCUGGAGUGCAGCUAAGAAACCAUCAUCUGAUACAAUCAGCGAAGGCGUAAGUGUGUUUGAAAAAUUAAAGAUAUCUCAAUUGGACGGUAUGGACGAUUUCUGCGGAGACGCCAGCGAAAUGAAAAUCUACUCAUCCAAUAUGAUGGAAGCUCCUGUGAAAUGUGAUCGUUGUCAAGCUACCUAUAGAAACCAAGAGUCGUAUCAGCGUCAUCUUAACUCAUGUGAAGUUCUAUCUACCAGUGAAAGUGAUUCGGAGACACGAUCACCGAGACUUUUGAGUCCGGAACAACAACAAGCACAAGUUGCUAGUCAGCUCAAUGCGGGGACAUUCAUACUACCGCAAACAUCGAGUGCAGGAUCCAUCACUACAGAUAUGUUUGGCCAAAUCAACCAGAAUCAUGCUAAUAUAUCAGUUAUUUCGGGACUCAACAAUCAAACCUUAAAUCUCAACAAUUUGAAUGGCCAAACAGUUCUUUCAAAUAUACCGGCCUCCAUGCCCAUCACAAUAAACCAGCUAUCUGGUAUACCGAUUCAAACAUCGACGGGUACUCAGCAGAUUCCUUUACAGGGUACAUUGUCAAAUAUUGGUGGUAAUAUGUUAAUUUCGAACUCUGGUCAAAUAUUUGCUCAACCAGUAAAUUUCCAACAGACAAUAGAAAAUCAACAAAGUUUUCUUCAAAACAAACAAAGAUUCCUUCAACCCACAACAUCGAAUCCGUUGGGACAAACCAUAUCCCUUUCCAAUAACAUGGUCAACAGUGCAUCGGGUUUGAAUGUACUACCACAACAUCAGCAACAGAUUAUUUCGAUUGGUCCGAAUGGACAGCCACAGAUUGUAACAGUUACUGCUCCGCAAACACAGCAGCAAGCCCAGCACCCAACAAUGAUUCAGCAAAAUACGCAAAAGAAACAACUGAUAUUUCCGAACCUCUCACCGAAGAAGCAAGUUAUGUCGAAAGUAUCCCAAUCGCCGCAACCCAUCAAAUCUAAAAAACCAACAUCCAAUAUGACUGCUUCCGGUAUUGGAAAAUCGUAUCAGAUUAAGAAGCAAGAACCUAUCGCUAUUCAACAAGCACCAGCACAACAACAAACCCAUACUAUACAAACUAUCGCUCAACCAGUGUCGACACAAACCCAACAACAGCAGCAAAUUCAACUCAUCAACGCAUCUUAUCCUUUGAUUCGACCUGCUAGUGCAGCAACGCCGCAACAAACGAACACUGCUACAACAAAUCCCAUUAUAUUCCAACAACCCACAAAUCAGCCAUUGAUUGUACAGCAGGUUGGCGGUAAUCAAAUAUCGUACGUAACCGAUCAGAAUCCAGUGCAGUAUUUAGCACCGACAAAUGUUCUCACCCAGAAUGGAUUUACAAUGACCACGGCCAGUGAUGCUGGAGCUCUUACCGCGGCUACCAAUAACAUCCUGAUCCCCAAUGGAACUGGAGGAUAUUCCAUGAUACCGGCUAGUGCUCUACAAUUGGCAACCCCGCAGCCACAAGUAAUUGGUACCAUCAUUCAACCGCAAGCCACGACUAUUCAGUGCGGAAUGAUGUCGACGGAACAAAUGGUCCUGGGCGCAGCGGCCACUCCUACCUUGGAAAUGGUCACUGAUCCUGCCUCCGGCUGUAUGUACUUAACAAGCCCCUCUGUGUACUACGGAUUGGAGACCAUUGUUCAAAAUACGGUAAUGUCAUCACAACAGUUUGUUUCUACAGCUAUGCAGGGAGUUUUGAGUCAAAACUCGAGUUUCUCCGCUACCACAACUCAGGUAUUUCAAGCGAGUAAAAUAGAACCAAUUGUUGAAGUUCCUACGGGAUACGUGGUGUUGAACAAUGAUGGAACAACUACCCAGCAGAGCCUGGCGCCAAUGCAAAUUCAAACUCCCGGUACUCUCAUUCAGUCAGCACAGAUUCAACAAUCCCCUACGCCAACUCCUGUAGCGCAAACAAUUCCUACUGCGGUGUCUGCGACUCAACCAUCAACGUCUAUGCAAGCAUGGAAGAUAGAACCACAAACAACUUUCGUGCAGCCUCAGACACAAUCCCAAACCACAAGCGUGAAUCCCAUUAGAACAACGCCAAGCAUUAAGGGAAUUGUGCCGAAAGCUCAGUCACAACUGGUCAAUAAGGUGAUGCCCAAUACUUUGAUAAAAAAUUCUUCGGAGUCGAUCAUCUCAUCGGUCGCUUCUCAGAAAAUGAACUACCAUGUGGUUAGCUCUUCUGGGAUGAUCUACACUACAGAUACAGCAUUAACAUCUACCACCACAAAGGUAGCAAAUGUGAUCAAACCGAUAACCAAAACAACCCAACUAAACAAUAAACCCAAGAUAGUUGCUAAGCCAGUGAAACAGAAACAACCGCUGAUGUCUCCGCCGCUUAAUACAUCAACGUCGUCACAAAUAACACACGGUCAACAGAUGCCAGCACAGCAGCCAUCGCUAGUAAAUUUACCCAUUGGGAACACCACGCAAUCUCAACUAGUACACAUCAAACCCAACAUAAAUGAUAAAACACUUCUCAACCAGCCAACAAACGUGGCGCUAGGCAAGGCCAAUAUUACUACGGUGAAAAAUGUUGCGGACUUAAACAAUAGUACAACUACUAAAUCAAUAUCUCUACUGAAGAAACCAUUUUCUCGCAACAACUUGGCACCACCUUUCCAAAAUAAUCUAUCACAGGCACAACAAUCCAUCCAAAUGAAUGCCCCACCAGGCUCAAAUUUCGUGAAUGUCGCUCAACAAAACGUGGGACAGAAGCCAUCAUUGCCGUUAUUGGACAGCAACAAGAAACCAUCACAAAUAACAGUAUCGUUAGCAACCAGCAGUACCGAUAUUACUCAAUGUAUUCCGUCAUCGAUCUCAGCGGCCACCACGUCGUCCAUAACUAUUACUCCAACCCAAACAGCAAGCAUCACACUACCAACCGCUCCAUAUCCUAUGCCUCUGUAUUCGAAUAUACCAACAAACGUUGUCAACCCAAUUCAGCAGUCGAUCGGCAACGUCAACAGUACCGCCUCGAAUAAUGGACCUGUACAAAGCCGCCCUACUAAUCGAGUGCUCCCCAUGCAAGCUUCUUCCAUAUUACCAAAAUCACCCGAGGUACCUCAAACACCACCACCACUCAAGUUACUAAACGCCUCACCGGACAAAAAAGAAGGAAUUAUUCCCAACAUUGUUUCCAGUCCAGAUUCUCCUACCAUCGAAAAAUUGUCGGUCCAAAAACUCGAAACGGAAGAAACACCAAAAGAAAAGCGUUUCCAAAUUGAAAUCAAACCAAUCGAUAUGAUCAACUCUAGUAUUGCAACUCCCCCGGUCAUUGAUGACUCGGAACCAAUAACAUCACCGAUUCAGCAAAAUUUUCAACAGCCAAUAGAGCCUACAUUCCAUCUAAAUCUCAAUUUGGACCAACAUGGAAUCAUCAUUCCUAUAACCACAGCCAGCCUAACAACGACCACCCAAUCAUGCUCGGCAACUUUAUCGGAAUUCGAAACAAAGUCACCGGAAAUUUCAUCGGUUCCCUUAACCACGUGCUACUCGAUCAACCAAAACGAAGUCAACGAAAUGCUUGUCGAUGAUUCUCUAGACGUUGCCAGUGUGGACUCGCCUAGUCUCAAUGAUGAAUCCGAAUCACCGGAAAUUAAGAACAAAAUAUCCGAAAUCCUCGAUAAUCUCGAGCAGCAGACGAACGAGGAUGAUGCAUUCAAUGAGUGCAAAAGGUCUAGCAGUUCCACAUUGUUGCCGAAAAUUGAGGAAGAAUCGGUUCUUGAAAUCACGACCACCGUGAAACAGGAAGCAGAGAAAAAGCUUAUGGAAGAACUGAAUCUAGAACUCAGUGCCAGUGCUAAUGUUUCACCCGAACAUUCGACCCAAGCGAAUAUUGAAAUGAUUGUUCCAAUCUUCAAAGUUGAAUCCAAGAAUAACAAUGAAUUCGACACGGACCAAAAGGAAAACAUGGAUCCUAUCUGCAAUGUGCCCAGUCCUAUUGCCAGCACUAGCUCCAGCCACUUGAAUGCUCACGAAAUUCAACCGGAAGCUAAAAUCAAACUAAUUCAACCGACAAUUCAAAAGCCGCCCAAAAGCAAUAGCCCCAAGCUUCUAUACGAAAUCCAGUCACAGGAUGGUUUCACAUACAAAUCGACCUCCAUCACCGAAAUCUGGAACAAGUUGUUUGAAGCAGUUCAAAUAGCCCGCAAAGCUCACGGAUUGCAACCACUCCCGGAAGGUCAACUCGAAGAAAUGGCCGGAAUCCAAAUGCUCGGCCUCAAAACGAACGCCAUUCGCUAUCUGCUGGAACAGCUUCCGGGUGUGGAAAAAUGUUCCCAAUACAAACCCCAGUAUCACAAGAAACCAACAACCAGUCUCGACGAACUCACCUCGUCCAUCUACGCAGACUAUUUCGAUGACAUCAAGGAAAAUGCGUACGGUUCCGCCAGGUGUGAGCCAUACAGCUCUCGUUCCGAGUACGAUAUGUUCAGCUGGCUGGCGUCGCGCCAUCGGAAACAGCCCCCUAUGCCAGUGGUGACCCAAAACACCGACGACACCGUUAUUCCAAGACGUGGCAGCGGAAGCAAUCUCCCGAUGGCGAUGCGUUAUCGCACCCUUAAGGAAACUUCGAAGGAGUCGGUUGGAGUUUACCGUUCGCACAUUCACGGUCGAGGUUUGUUCUGUAAUCGAGAUAUUGAAGCCGGUGAGAUGGUAAUCGAAUAUGCCGGUGAGCUGAUUCGAUCGACACUGACCGACAAGCGAGAACGGUACUAUGACAGUCGUGGCAUCGGCUGUUACAUGUUCAAAAUCGACGAGAAUUUCGUUGUCGAUGCGACCAUGCGUGGUAAUGCUGCUCGGUUCAUCAACCACUCGUGUGAGCCGAACUGCUACUCCAAGGUCGUCGAUAUCCUGGGACAUAAACACAUCAUCAUUUUUGCUCUCCGUCGGAUUGUUCAGGGCGAAGAGUUGACGUACGAUUACAAGUUCCCGUUUGAAGAUGUGAAGAUUCCCUGUUCGUGUGGUUCAAAGAAAUGCCGCAAAUAUCUAAACUAAUAACAUAGUCAGUAGAUGGUGGAUUUCGCAUCAUAAGCAAUAGCUCUAGAGCUACCUACUACAGCGUUUGAUACAGGAUGGAUAACUGAAUAAUAUUGGGUCUUUGAAAUGUUAUGGUGCUGCGAAAAUACAAAAAUUAAGUAUGUACAUAGAAAAUGUACGGGUGAUAAACAGAUCAUCACAGGAAGAACGCAACUAUAGAGCGCCAAGCAAAAAGUUGACUCAUCUCCCGAGUUUCUUAUUCGCGAAGUUACUACGUACACACAUUUCAUAAAAUUAAGCAUAAAGUUUAUUCAAGUGGUGUAUCAAAGUAUAAUCAAUACGACAAACUAUUUUACCCAAACAUGUGACAAAGAAAACAAAAAGUUAUGUAACUGUAGUUGUGCUUCGGGAAACCAAAAAGUAGAAAUUUUACUACAUAUAUUUCAAACUCAACAAUUUACAAUCACUCUAUCUGAUUAAUGUUUUAAAAAAAAACUAUGAAUAGCCAUUUCAAAAUACAAAGUGUUAAAAUCAUCUUAUCGUGAAAUAAUAACAAAAAUCUCGCGAAACACGACUUUAAACUGUUCAAUGUCUCCAAAUUUGGAGUUUUAAAUGGAAAAAAAACCUUUGUCUGAGAUGAUAUACUUUUCCUUUUACCGUAGUUAAAAACACUUGAAUGUACAAAUAUUAAUAUUCUCUUUACACUCUCACACAAAGACAACAAUACAAACACAAUUUUUUGAUAGCUCGGCAUUUGUCGAUGGCAUGUUUGAACUGCAGCAGAAUUUUACUCGUGGAUAUUAAUCAUUGAACGCAUUGUUUAAACGGUAAAACCAUCUGGAUGCUGAGCUUUGAAGCUUUCGUCGAUGCAUUGCACACUCGAUAUUGUCGCAAGAUUUUCAAGGUUGUAUUGCUGUUUUAAAAAUGCAUUUUAUCUAUUCAACUUCAAGAAGUACUGAAUGUAAAAUUUUGUGAAAAAAAAAUCUACUUUUAGAAAUUGUACAUAUUAGGGGUAGGUCGUAGUUUUAAGUCCACGCACGAUUACAUAUACGCUUUUAUUUGUUCGGGCAUAAGUUCCAGGCAGAUAUCAUCCUGUUAAAUAUAAUUUAUUUCUUUUUAAUCUAUAGCGUGUACAAAGUUUUCUUACAAUAUCAAACUUCAGUCAGGGGGCAUGCUGCAAGCAACCCCCCGCAUCCGAUUGUUUAUCUUUACCCUACGCUGAGUAUCUUCAGCUGAUGUUAUCUUGCCAUUUUUUGUGUAUACAAUAGUUGUUUUAUUUGAAGGUAUUUCUCUCGUAAAUUGUAACAAAACAUAAAAUGUUUGCAAAGAAUAAGUCAUGCGCCAAGUUCGAAAUAAACUAUUUUGCUAAUUAUUUAUUGUAUGUAGUAUCCUAAACCAUCGUUUGUGCUAUGCAGUGCAGUAGUCGUUAUAUGUUGCAAAAUUGUAGCUAAUAUGAUCAUUGUAACAUUGAGAAAAUCAAAAGAAAUGUAUUGGCUAUUCAUACCGGAAUUUUCUCCGAUCAGUAUGAUGGAGCAUGUGUGGUGACGCGAAAACAAAUGUGAUACUAACGAAAACAUAAUUUGAUUUAACUUAAACUUACCAUUAGAAUAUAUUCAGCUAUAUACUUAGACACGAAAAAAACAUUAAAAAGUGAGGAAAUAUUACAGGACGGCUGCUCUUACGAACGUGUGAUGUAAAAAAAUGCUCCUGGUAAUGAACAAUUUUAAGUAAAGUAGUUGAUAAAAUAGCUAUUAAACAGGUAUAUACCUAUCAACAAACAAAACUAUUGGUUCUGUCUUUUGCGGGGCUGGCCCGCUCAAACUGCAGCUGCACAAUAGAAAACAGCAUGAAACAAGUACACGUAAAAACUAUAACUUAAAUGAUAACUACAAGUAAAUAAAAUAGCAGAAACAUUGAUUGUGACUAUUUCAACUUUGUCAAAACUAAUAUGAAAACCCCUUCUACUACAGAAAUACUACUUAGCAUUGUAGUCUGCAGCCUAUUAAGUUUAGUUUUUAACUCACAUGAAGUAUUAUGUUAAAUUGAACGAUUUAAACUAAAACAAAAAAAUAAAGCGUAUUUGAAAUUUGAA